AUGAAGCAGUACCACAAGCUUACGGCGGUGCUGUGCCUGGUUUGGAUGGCCACCAUUCUCUACGGCGAAAUGCUUGCCUUCUGGAUGCCUUCUCUCUUCUCUUGUUCCUGGCCAGACCGCUCCCCUUCUCCAAUCGGCAGGAAAGUUUCUGCCAAUGAUGAUUAUGUGAGGAUUGCCGUGCUAACCGAUCCGCAGUUGAUGGAUAGAACAUCGCACCCAACGCUACCAAAGUCACUGCUGGGGGUUGCUCAAUUCUAUACUGAUAUAUACAUGAGGAGGGCCUUUUUCGCUUCCUUGUUGCCAAUGAAACCCCAUGUCAUUCUGUUUCUGGGUGAUUAUUUUGAUGGUGGUCCUGAAUUGUCUGAUGCCGAGUGGCAGGAUUCUAUGCAUCGCUUGAAGCACAUCUUCGAUUUGGAUGCCAAGACAAGAGACAAGAACGUCCCGGUUUUCUUCAUCCCUGGGAACCAUGAUAUUGGCUAUUCAAGCAUCAAUUCCCAUAAUUCAGAGGUUGUUAGGCGCUAUGAGAAAGAAUUUGGAAGUAGAAACUUCUGGUUUGCGAUUGGAAAAGUUGAGUUCAUUGCUGUUGACGCUCAAACUUUAGAUGGGAAUGCCAUUUCAGACAUAACUUCCUCGACCUGGAAAUUCGUGAAGAACGUCUCAGAGGGCAAUGACUUAAUGCCAAAGAUUUUGUUGACCCAUAUUCCAUUGUACCGUCCUGACAAUACAUAUUGUGGUCCUCAUCGGAAAUCUCCAAUCAUUAAUCAGCGGUUUGUUCGCACUCGUGAUCGAGAGAUAUGGUACCAGAAUUAUGUGACUGAGGAAUCCUCAAAUAAAUUGCUAGACUUGAUCAAACCUGUACUUGUUUUGUCAGGCCAUGAUCAUGAUCAGUGCACAGUGCUCCAUGACUCAAAAUCUGGUCCAGUUAGAGAGCACACUGUAGGCACCAUAAGCUGGCAGCAGGGGAACUUGUACCCUUCGUUCAUGCUACUGUCUGUCGCGGAUAACUCCACGGGUCCGAGCUUCUCCAUCACCGAAGAAGCAGUAAAGGCUCAUCUAUGCUUCCUUCCUAUUCAAACUCACAUCUACAUAUGGUACAUAGUGCUCUUCAACUUGACGAUUCUCGCUCUCCUCCUCUGGCCAAUGAAGGGCGUGAACUUCGAAAAAUACUUGAACUUCAUAACGGCUUGUCUUAGACCAUACAGUAUCUUGUUCAAAGGAGGGCCGAAGGAGAAGACCGACGACGAGAACUGCGAGUACGAGAUGGUGUGGGAUGCAGAAGGAUCAAUGCAUCUCGUCAAGAAAGCAAUCCCCAUCCUCACUUCGGUUCCAGCUGAUGAUUACGCUGUGAUGGAGAGAGGGAAUGCUGUUAUGCGGCCAGCAGCAAAGACCACCACACCUCCUCCUGAGGCCGAGUUUCCACCGGAGGUAGACUCAAAAUCAUCGUCCAGAAACAGCAGGUCGAAAACGAAGAUCGCUAUUCAGAGAGUAGUUCGAGCGACUCGGAUGGUUAUGGUGAUUGCUGCAGUAAACGGUUCGCUAUACAUGAUGUUGCUUUUCAAGGAUACGUCGAUUGACCAGUGA